AUGAUUACUUGGACCGCACUCGUAGCACUGGUUCCAUUCGUCGCUGCUGCCCCAGCAUCCAGCGAUUGUACCGGCACGAUCUCUUCGCUCGACGACGUCGCCGACGCAGUUCAGUGCACGACUGUCAACGUCAAUUCGUUCACAGUCCCGGCUGGCGAGACUCUCAGCUUGUCGCUACUCCAGGGCACUACAGUCAACAUACAGGGUAACAUCGCGUUUGGAAAUCAAACAUGGGAUGGCCCGCUCUUUGAAGUGAAAGGCGACGAUAUUACAUUUAACGGAAACAACUACAUAUUCGAUGGAGGAGGACCCUUCUACUGGGACGGUCUGGGCGGAAGUGGCGGUAAUACAAAGCCCGAUCCUAUGAUGAAAAUCGAGAUGUCGGGCACCGUGACAAACGUGAAGGUCAUUAAUUCCCCAGAACGAUGCUUCUCCGUCGAUCCCCCAGCGGCCUUGUUGAUGUCAGGCAUAACGGUUGACAACUCGCAAGGAAACCAGCCAAAUAGCCAGAGUGACGGCAAAGUCGCUGGUCACAACACCGACGGUUUCGAUGUUUCGGGAGACGAUAUCACCAUCACAAAGAGCACGGUAAUCAAUCAGGAUGAUUGCCUCGCCAUCAAUAGGGGAAACAACAUUGUGUUUUCAGAUAAUUACUGUGCGACUGGGCAUGGGAUAUCGAUUGGAUCAAUAAAUUCUAACACAGUCGUGUCUGGAAUGGAAUCGUCAUCUUUGGUAAUACCUGUGAGGGAACCGUUCCGCAUUAAGACCGAUGCUGCCGCGACGAACAGUUCUGUUUCCAAUGUGACAUAUUCGAAUAACAAGGCGACUGGUAUCUACGAUUAUGGCGUCCUCAUAACACAGAGCUACCCCUCGUCAUUUGGGACACCGGGCACCGGUGUCAUCAUUUCAGAUAUCAACUUCACGGGUGGCGCCACCACCGUCGAAACGGACAGCAAUGCCACUAUGGUUGCCAUCGAUUGCGGUGAAGGCUCAUGCACUGGUACCUGGGACUGGUCCGAAUUGACCGCCAGCGGCGGAAAAACCGGGGCCAUUGAUAACUGCACAGUCAUCAGUGGGUUUACUCAGUAA